CGUCACCCCGGCAACGAGAAGCGCGGCAGGCGGUGGUAGUGACGUGGAUCCCCGCCCUCGCUCCCCGCUCCCCGAGCGCCUGUCGCGGCUGCUACUAAGCCAGCGAGAGCCGCUCUCAGGUCACCUGGUUAACAUUGACGAGGAGGAGCCCUGCCUGCCAACACUAAUGACAAGUUAACUGUGGCCGACGUGCAGAAAAAGCAGGUUUGGCGGCCAUGAGGCGGCGGUGAGCGCGCGGGGGAAGAAUGGGCCGGAGCGUCCUCUCCACCGCCGUGCUCUACGGCUCCUUGGCCCUCUUCACCUCCGUCCUCCACAAUGUCUUCCUGCUCUACUACGUGGACACCUUCGUGUCCGUCUACAAGAUCGACAAGGUCUCCUUCUGGGUGGGCGAGACCGUGUUCCUGCUCUGGAACAGUUUCAAUGAUCCUCUCUUCGGGUGGCUGAGUGACCGCACCUUCCUCAGCUCUCCUCAGACCGGCUCCCAGGUCACUUCUCCAGAGGUGGUUCUGAAGCGGCUGAAGGCGCUGUCCGCCAACGGGCCUCUCCUGGCCCUCUCCUUCCUGGCCUUCUGGGUGGCGUGGGCCAGCCCGGGCCUGCAGUUCCUGCUGUGCCUGUGCCUGUACGACGGCUUCCUCACCAUGGUGGACCUCCACCACAGCGCCCUGCUGGCCGACCUGGCCGUGUCCGCCGCCGACCGCACGCGCCUCAACUUCCACUGCUCGGCCUUCGGCGCCCUGGGCUCGCUGUCCGUCUUCCUGUCCUACUCCUUCUGGGACAAGGAGGACUUCCACGCCUUCCGCCUCUUCUGCCUGGCUCUGGCCGCCUUCUCCAUAUUGGGCUUCUUCCUGGUCUCCGGGUUGCUACGGCGACGUUUUGAGAAGGAAGUCCGUCCAAGACACGAGGAGGCGCUGGCGCUCAAAGAGCUGAGUGUGGGCAACGCCCCUUUCACCUCCCCUGAGCACCCCGUCACCAUCCAGCAGUACCUCAAGCAGCUGUCCAGACACAAGAACUUCAUGUGGUUCGUGUCCAUGAACCUCAUUCAGGUGUUUCACUGCCACUUCAACAACAACUUCUUCCCUCUUUUCCUGGAGCACCUCCUGUCAGACAACAUCUCCGCCUCCAGCGGCUCCAUCCUCCUGGGCAUCUCCUACGUGGCCCCCCACCUCAACAACCUCUACUUCCUCACCCUGUGCCAGCGCCACGGGGUCUACCAGGUCAUCCGCUGGCUCUUCCUGCUCAAACUGGGACUGAGUGUGGCCAUGCUGCUGGCGGGGGCCGACCACGUCUUCUUGCUCUGCAUCUUCAUCGCCAGUAACCGGGUGUUCACGGAGGGAACGUGCAAGCUGCUGAAGCUGGUCAUCUCCGACCUGGUGGACGAGGACUUUGUGGUCAACCGCCGGCAGCAGGCGGCGUCGGCGCUGCUUUUUGGGAUGGUGGCGCUGCUGACCAAGCCCGGCCAGACUUUGGCGCCGCUCCUGGGCACGUGGCUGCUGUGCGCCUACACAGGUUACGACAUUUUCCAAAGGGAACCCGCCGAGGACAUUCCGGGACCCCUCGUGGCUCCGGGCUCAGGGACCCCGCCUCUGCGCCUGGGUUGCUUCCACAUGCUGGUGUUUGUGCCCAUCACCUGCGCCCUGCUGCAGCUGGCCGCCUGGUCUCGCUUCACGCUGCACGGGCGCAAGCUACAGGCCAUCAAGAGCUCCAGGCAGGGUGCCCAACACGGCGGCCUGGUGGACAUCAAGGCCAUCUGACGGCGCAGGGAAGUCCGGUCUCAAACAAACGUUUUCAAAACCAAUACAUUACAUUAGGUAAACAUUCGGUCUCCCCUCCCAUUUGGUUAGCAUUAAAGGUCCUAGGGACCCAAAAGGGUGUAGUGGAAAAUUUCUGUCCUAGGGUUACCUCUAAACUAAAUGCAUAGGGAGGGACACGACAUGAGAGGUCAAGUCACCCUGAACAUUGGACAGUUACAUAAGUUGUUAUUACAAUCAGGCAAACAGGGAGUGUAUAAAUGAGAAGGGAAGACCAAGCCUGAUGUGCGCUCUUUCUUAAUUCCUUCACGAGGGUGCACCAUCUUUCGUCUCCAGAGACACUCUGUUUUCAUAUCGAUUCAAUCCAACUUUGUACUAUCUGAUUAUGAGUAAUUAAAACUGUUGGAACAAACUCUUUAUUGUUCCUGUUUAAGAUUCGGACUUUUUGACCACAUAAAAUUGGCGUCCCCGUACAGGUGCACCCUCGUGAAGGAAUUAAGAUAGAGCACACCCCAGGCCUGGUCGUCCCUUCUUAUUUAUACACUCCCUGUUUGCCUGAUUGUAUCAUAACAACUUAUGUAACUGUCCAAUGUUGACCUCUCAUGUCGUGUCCCUCCCAAUGCAUUUAGUUUACAGGUAACCCUAGGACGGAAAUGUUCCACUACAAGGGUCCCAGUCAUUAAACUGUUGAAAACAAUAUUUUGUUAUACCUUCAACACUUAAAUAUCUAUAGCUCAACUUCAAAACUAUCUGUUGCCAAAGUGUUACUUAUUUUUCUUCUGGUUUUUUUGCCCAAAACCUCCAAUUUAUGUAAUAAACCAAAAUAUUCAAGAUGUGAAGUAAUGGUAGCCGUAAGUACGUAAAUAAUUCAUAACAACAAUAAUUCGUAUUCAUUAUUGUUUUUUGACCGAGUAAAUCGAAAAGGCCUCCACUCAUACAAUUAUUAAAAGUAAGUCGUAUAUCAAUAUAUUUUAUUUUUACUUUCAACACUUAAAUCCUCGAAGCAACUUCCGAUCUAUCUGUAAUCUUAGCCAUAAAUACGUAAAUAAUUCAUAACAACAAUGCCCAUCCAUCCAUCCAUUUCUACCGCUUAUUCCCUUUUGGGGUCGCGGGGGGCGCUGGCGGCUAUCUCAGCUACAAUCGGACAGAAGGCGGCGUACACCCUGGACAAGUCGCCACCUCAUCGCAGGGCCAACACAGAUAGACAGACAACAUUCACACUCACAUUCACACACUAAGGACCAUUUAGUGUUGCCAAUCAACCUAUCCCCAGGUGCAUGUCUUUGGAAGUGGGAGGGGCCUAUCCCCAGGUGCAUGUCUUUGGAAGUGGGAGGGGCCUAUCCCCAGGUGCAUGUCUUUGGAAGUGGGAGGGGCCUAUCCCCAGGUGCAUGUCUUUGGAAGUGGGAGGGGCCUAUCCCCAGGUGCAUGUCUUUGGAAGUGGGAGGGGCCUAUCCCCAGGUGCAUGUCUUUGGAGGUGGGAGGGGCCUAUCCCCAGGUGCAUGUCUUUGGAGGUGGGAGGAAGCCGGAGUACCCGGAGGGAACCCACACAUUCACGGGGAGAACAUGCAAACUCCAUACAGAAAGAUCCUGAGCCCGGGAUUGAACCCAGGACUGCAGGACCUUCGUAUUGUGAGGCAGACGCACUAACCCCUCUCCCACCGUGAAGCCCUUAACAGCAAUGCUUCGUAAUCAAUUUUUUUUUUGGACUGAAAAUCCAAUAGGCCUCUUCUUAUAAAAUAGUUAAAAAUAAGUCAUAUAUCAAUAUUUUAAUUUUUACUUUCAACACUUAAAUCCUGGAAGCAACUUCCGAUCUAUCUGUAAUGUUAGCCAUAAAUACGUAAAUAAUUCAUAACAACAAUGCUUCGUAUUCAAUGUUGUUGUUUUUUACUUUGAAAAUCCAAAAGGUCUCCACUUAUAAAAUAGUUAAAAAUAAGUCGUAUGUCAAUAUAUUUUAUUUUUACUUUCAGCGCUUAAAUUUAUGAAGGAACUUCCGAUUUAUCUGUAAUCUUACCCAUAAAUACGUAAAUAAUUCAUAACAACAAUGCUUCGUAUUCAUUAUUGAAUAUUAUAGAAUUAUUCAAAAUAAGUCGUUUAUCAAUAUAUUUAAUAUUUACUUUCAACGCUUAAAUCCUUGAAGCAACUUCCGAUCCAUCCGUAAUGUUAGCCAUAAAUAGGUAAAUAAUUCAUAACAAUGCUUCGUAUUCAUUAUUGUUUUUGGACUGAGUAAAUCCAAAAGGCCUCCACAAUUAUUAAAAAUAAGUCAUAAAUAAAUAUAUUUAAUUUUUACUUUCAACGCUUAAAUCCUUGAAGCAACAUCCGAUUUAUCUGUAAUCUUAGCCAUAAAUACGUAGAUAAUUCAUAACAACAAUGCUUUGUAUUCCUAAUUUUUUAUUAACUGUAUAAAUCCAAAAGGCCUCCACUUGUCAAAAAGUUAAAAAUAAGUCGUAUAUCAAUAUUUGUUUUUUUUUACUUUCAACGCUUAAAUCCUUAAAGCAACUUCCGAUCCAUCUGUCAUGUUAGCCAUAAACACGUAAAUAAUUCAUAACAACAAUGCUUCGUAUUCAUUAUUGUUUUUUGACUGUGUAAAACCAACAGGCCUCCAAUCAUAAGAGUUAUUAAAAAUAAGUCGUUUAUCAAUAUAUUUAAUAUUUACUUUCAACGCUUAAAUCCUCGAAGCAACUUCCGAUCCAUCUGUAAUGUUAGCCAUAAAUACGUAAAUAAUUCAUAACAAUGCUUCGUAUUCAUUAUUGUUUUUGGACUGAGUAAAUCCAAAAGGCCUCCACAAUUAUUAAAAAUAAGUCAUAAAUAAACAUAUUUAAUUUUUACUUUCAACGCUUAAAUCCUUGAAGCAACAUCCGAUUUAUCUGUAAUCUUAGCCAUAAAUACGUAGAUAAUUCAUAACAACAAUGCUUUGUAUUCAUAAUUUUUUAUUAACUGUACAAAUCCAAAAGGCCUCCACUUGUAAAAAAGUUAAAAAAUAAGUCGUAUAUCAAUAUUUCUUUUUUUUUUUACUUUCAACGCUUAAAUCCUUAAAGCAACUUCCGAUCCAUCUGUCAUGUUAGCCAUAAACACGUAAAUAAUUCAUAACAACAAUGCUUCGUAUUCAUUAUUGUUUUUUGACUGUGUAAAACCAACAGGCCUCCACUCAUAAGAGUUAUUAAAAAUAAGUUGUUUAUCAAUAUAUUUAAUAUUUACUUUCAACGCUUAAAUCCUCGAAGCAACUUCCGAUCUAUCUGUAAUGUUAGCCAUAAAUACGUAAAUAAUUCAUAACAAUGCUUCGUAUUCAUUAUUGUUUUUGGACUGAGUAAAUCCAAAAGGCCUCCACAAUUAUUAAAAAUAAGUCAUAAAUAAACAUAUUUAAUUUUUACUUUCAACGCUUAAAUCCUUGAAGCAACAUCCGAUUUAUCUGUAAUCUUAGCCAUAAAUACGUAGAUAAUUCAUAACAACAAUGCUUUGUAUUCAUAUUUUUUUAUUAACUGUACAAAUCCAAAAGGCCUCCACUUGUAAAAAAGUUAAAAAAUAAGUCGUAUAUCAAUAUUUGUUUUUUUUUUUACUUUCAACGCUUAAAUCCUUAAAGCAACUUCCGAUCUCUCUGUAAUGUUAGCCAUAAAUACGUAAAUAAUUCAUAACAAUGCUUCGUAUUCAUUAUUGUUUUUUGACUGUAAAUCCAAAAAGCCUCCACUCAUAAGAGUUAUUAAAAAUAAGUUGUUUAUCAAUAUAUUUAAUAUUUACUUUCAACGCUUAAAUCCUCGAAGCAACUUCCGAUCCAUCUGUAAUGUUAGCCAUAAAUACGUAAAUAAUUCAUAACAAUGCUUCGUAUUCAUUAUUGUUUUUGGACUGAGUAAAUCCAAAAGGCCUCCACAAUUAUUAAAAAUAAGUCAUAAAUAAACAUAUUUAAUUUUUACUUUCAACGCUUAAAUCCUUGAAGCAACAUCCGAUUUAUCUGUAAUCUUAGCCAUAAAUACGUAGAUAAUUCAUAACAACAAUGCUUUGUAUUCAUAAUUUUUUAUUAACUGUACAAAUCCAAAAGGCCUCCACUUGUAAAAAAGUUAAAAAAUAAGUCGUAUAUCAAUAUUUCUUUUUUUUUUUACUUUCAACGCUUAAAUCCUUAAAGCAACUUCCGAUCCAUCUGUCAUGUUAGCCAUAAACACGUAAAUAAUUCAUAACAACAAUGCUUCGUAUUCAUUAUUGUUUUUUGACUGUGUAAAACCAACAGGCCUCCACUCAUAAGAGUUAUUAAAAAUAAGUUGUUUAUCAAUAUAUUUAAUAUUUACUUUCAACGCUUAAAUCCUCGAAGCAACUUCCGAUCUAUCUGUAAUGUUAGCCAUAAAUACGUAAAUAAUUCAUAACAAUGCUUCGUAUUCAUUAUUGUUUUUGGACUGAGUAAAUCCAAAAGGCCUCCACAAUUAUUAAAAAUAAGUCAUAAAUAAACAUAUUUAAUUUUUACUUUCAACGCUUAAAUCCUUGAAGCAACAUCCGAUUUAUCUGUAAUCUUAGCCAUAAAUACGUAGAUAAUUCAUAACAACAAUGCUUUGUAUUCAUAUUUUUUUAUUAACUGUACAAAUCCAAAAGGCCUCCACUUGUAAAAAAGUUAAAAAAUAAGUCGUAUAUCAAUAUUUGUUUUUUUUUUUACUUUCAACGCUUAAAUCCUUAAAGCAACUUCCGAUCUCUCUGUAAUGUUAGCCAUAAAUACGUAAAUAAUUCAUAACAAUGCUUCGUAUUCAUUAUUGUUUUUUGACUGUAAAUCCAAAAAGCCUCCACUCAUAAAGUUGUUCAAAAUAAGUCGUAUACCAGUAUAUUUAAUUUUUAUUUUCAACGCUUAAAUCCUUGAAGCAAAUUAGGAUCUAGCUGUCUAUUAUUUACAUUUUUGAUGAGUAAAAGUAAUAAAAUAAUACAAAUAUUAACAUAAACGUACAUGUCCUUAAUGUUGCAUAUUUUGUGUUUUGGCCAUAAACUGGGUUUUUCUUUUGGGGGGAAAAAGGAGCAGAAAUGUCAGGUCUAUUUACGUUAAGACGGCUGAGAUUGCCCGACUGAAUGUUUCUAGCAAGGUAACUCAGGUCAGGCACCCUAAGGUAAGCUAGGAGUCCCCAGGAUAGAGUGGAUAACCAGCUGCAGCUAGGAGAGAAUCACCAAAAGAAAAGAGACAGCAGUCAAGACUCUGUUGGUAUGCUCUGAAGAGAUGCUUCAGUGCUGGGUAUUUAUUGAAAGCAGACGCGGCUGAGAUAUGAGCUGGGUGACGUGGUGAAAUGGGCUAUGUUUUGCAAACACACAUUCCUGUAUUGUCUUCUUGUAUGAGACUUGGUACAGGUUGUACUGUCUUCUUGUCAGCCGGUGGCUCCUUACAGUGCAUGCAUUGUUCUAGUGAGUAUCGAGGCAAAUUACAACGUGAGAACUAUUCUAACGGUGUGAGACAAAUCAGCAUGAACUAGAAUAAUAGAAUAGAGUUUUAUUGUCAAUAUUGCAAUGAACAGGUUCAAAGAACAACGAAAUUGGAGCAGCUCCUCCUAAGGUGCAUAUACAAUAUGGUAGUAUAAAUAGUAAAAAAAAAAGAGAGAGAUGACAGAUGUAUCUAUGUAUAUGUAUAUGUAUCCACACGGAUGCAUAUCUGCAUGCAUAUGAAUACAUAUACACACAUACAUAAAACAUUAUUGCACAUUGUAGUCCGAAAAAAUAGAAAAAACAUUUAAACAUUACACAUGAGGACAUGAUGGACAUAUUGUGCUCACUCAGUGCCUGUUUAAUGCUACUAUGGCUCUUGGGUAAAAGCUAUUUUUUAGUCUAUUGGUGCUCCCUUUUAGCACCCUGUAGCGUCUGCCUGAGGGUAGCAGUUCCAGGUGGCUGUGCCCGGGGUGGAAUGGGUCUUUCAGGAUGCUCUGUGCUUUCCUGAGACAGCGGGAGCUGUACAGGUCAGCCAGGGGGGGGAGGGGGCAUCCGAUUAACUUCUGGGCGGUCUUUAUGACUCUCUGGAGCGCCGUUCUCUCUGCGGCCGUGCAGCUGCUGAACCACACGCAGAUGCAGUAGGUCAGGAUGCUCUCAAUGGAGCACCGGUAGAAGGACACCAGCAGUUCCUGUGAGAGGUGGUUGUUCCUGAGUAUUCUCAGGACGUGCAGUCUCUGGUGUGCCUUCUUGAUGGUAGCCGUGGUGUUGGUGCUCCAGGAUAGGUCGUCGGCCAGGUGGACUCCCAGGGAGCGGAAGUCGGAGACCCUCUCCACACAGUCACCACUGAUGAUCAGGGGAAGGAUGUCCGUUUUUUUCCUCCUGAAGUCUAUGACCAGUUCCUUGGUCUUGGAGGUGUUCAGGGCCAGGUUGUUGACUUUGCACCAAUCCGACAGCUUCUCCACCUCAUCCCGAUAUGCAGCCUCGUCUCCCUCCGAGAUGAGCCCCACUACGGUGGUGUCAUCCGCAAAUUUGAUGAUUGAGUUGCUGGAGUGGGCAGGUGUGCAGUCGUAUGUGUAGAUGGAGUAGAGAAGGGGGCUCAGCACGCAGCCUUGUGGAGAGCCGGUACUGAGGUGCAGGCUUGAUAACUAAAGCAUAUCUUACAUAAAACCUAUCAAAAUAAAAGCAUUAGUUAGUUGGGAAGGUGAUAAAUAGACAUGGAAGUGUUGAAAGUUUAAAAAAAAUAAUACUAAUCUGUGACUUAUCUUAACACUUUAAUGACUGAGAACAGGACCUUUAAAGUUAGUCAUUUUCAUUCCACUUUUUAAAGAAAAAUAGUAUUUUAAAAAUGUGCCGUGGGCCGUUCAAAAACCUGGCUGCACUUUGGACACCCUGGAAUAGAGGAGAGGAGAGGCAAGCAGCACAAAGACACUUUUUGUCCACCUUUUUACUAAGAUGACUGAAGUGGGCACACAGCCACCAGCUUUGUGUACUGCCAUGUAAAAAAAAAAAAAAAACAGCACAGUCGCUGAGUCCAUUGAGUAGAACCUAAAUUAAUAUUUUCAAACAAAUGAAACCUGCCUUGUUUUUUAACAGAGCAUUGACAUAUAUUUAUACUGUAACACAUCACACAUAUUUAACUUGUUGGAAUAUCAAGUGAAGAACAAGACUGCACAUCUUAUUUUCUCUUAUUGUGUUUAGGCUUCAGGAAAGUGGAAGCAGACGACUUCCUGUUUACACACACACACGUGUUCAGUGUGUUGGAAAUGAUUGUUUUUGCACAAAACUGCCAGUUUGUCUGUUGGACUUCUUCUUGUGAUGAUAGUGAUUCUCUUACUGCCACUUUUUAAUCAGCUGACUUGUUUUGUAUUCUUCAAACUAUUCUACCGCAAAUAUGUGCCAUUACCAAAAAAUAAACCUCAUACCAAAACGA